GGCAGAGGCGGCCGAGGCUCGGGCGGCUGGGAUGGAGCAGAAGCGCGCCGGGCGCCGGAGGACACGCGGCUGACGGAGCCGCGCCGCGCUCGUCUCGCUUCUCCGCCCUUCGCGGGAGCAGCCCGAGCCCGAGCGCGCAGAGCCGCCCUCGCCUCCCGGCUCCCAAGGCCGCCAGCGCGGCAGAGGAGGAGCCGGACGCGCUCCGAGCGCUCGGUCAGUCGCGGAGCUCGGCACCGCACACCAGGGUACCAUGGUCUGCAAGACUCUCUUCGCUCUCUGCAUCUUCACUGCAGGACUGCGGGUGCAGAGCCUGCCGUCGUCGGCCCCCUUCCCCGCGUCUCUUCCGGCCAACGCUCUCCCGUCCACGGCCGGCUGGACCAGCGCGCCCCGCAGCCCUCCUGCCUCCCCGACCAGCGGCGCCCCCGGCCACGCGGUCCUCUCGGCUCCGGCCUCGACGCCGGCGCCCACACGCCCCAGGAACGUUUCCGCAGAGCCGGGAGAAGCGGGCCCGAGCAGCCCAGCCUCUCCCUGGGGAGGCCCGAGCUCUGCAGCCUCCCCCGCCAGCGGCGGGGCGCCCUUAACACCCACUCCUUCGGAGCGCAGCCCGAGCACUCCCGAGGAGCCAAGCGCUCCCCCGACGGGGUCCCGGGCCCCCUCCGAGGCCCCCGCUGGGUCUCCCACGCUCGCCUCCCCUCAGGCUCCGGCCUCCUCGCCCCCACCCCUGUCGACCUCUCCAGCCACGGAGGUUUCGUCCGCCUCCCCCACCAGCGCCAAUCACAGCUCUGCGGAAACCAGCCCCGAGCCCACGGGAGCCCCGACCCCACCGGGAUCCCCGACCCCACCGGGAUCCCCAACCCCACCAGGGUCCCCGACGGAAGAGCAGAGCUCUGCGCACACACCCACUUCCCAUGCCACAGCCCGGCCAGGGCCCGCGGACACGACGCCCCAAGCCACGGCGCCGGCCAAAGUGACCUGUCUGAUGGUGGACAUGGAGACCACCGCCUCCCCGGGCGUGAUCAUGCAGGAAGUGGAGCACGCGCUCAGUUCAGGCAGCAUCGCCGCCAUUACGGUGACAGUCAUUGCCGUGGUGUUGUUGGUGUUCGGAGUGGCAGCGUAUCUGAAGAUCAGGCAUUCCUCCUACGGGAGGCUUCUGGACGAUCAUGACUACGGAUCCUGGGGAAACUACAACAACCCUCUGUACGACGACUCCUAACAAAGGAGCGAGGCUGGGACGAGGAGGAACUGUUUAUUUAUAAGCGCUUUCCCAGUAGAAUUAAUACAAGUUCCUGACACGCAUCGAGCGACAAUCUCUUAAGCCCUGUUUCGUUGGUUUGGUUGUUUUCUUUUCCUCCCUCUCCUCUGGCUGCUAUCGCUUCCCCUUUCUGGUACAAAAAGAAUCAUUGUUUAAAGGUGAGUGGAGGCUUCCCUGCAGCUGAAGGAGGCAGACCCGGAGCCAGACCGCCGUGGUGGAAGCCUCCGUGCCCGCCGCGGGAUCCACUGUAAGAGGGGCCGAGGGCCAGGGAGUGAGUCCUUGCAUCGGCGGUUACUUUUAGGGGAACUUUUUGCUGGUGGUACUUCUCAAACUUUCGAGUUAGGAAAUUGCAUGAGAUCUCGGUGCAGGGAAAGGAAAUGCGCCCUGGGAGUAUUUUACCCUGCAGGUGAGGAAGCAGGGGCUGCUCCGAUUCCUUUUUAAUCUCUGUUUCUACCUGGUGUAUCUGACACGUUGCCUGCUUGGCUCUGUGAGCUGGGUCCCGGCUUCUUAACGGCCUAAUUAGUGGAGGAGGAAACUAGAAGGUGCCCUGGAGGAGGCCAGCAGGCCGAGGGACAGCGUGGCAUGUUGCUGUCAGAUCGCAGCGUGCCCUCUACCUUUUCCGCCCUCCAGGCCGCCCAGCUCUGCCCGAGAUGCCCACUGUGGUCGGCCGCAGCAGGCUGUCCCCAGGAGAAGGCUGGGAGAGGAGCUCAGUUAGAGGAGAUAAAAGGGGAGGUGUGGGGGGGGAGCGUGCGGUGGGCAGUGGAGGAGACUGGGUUGGGAGGGAAGGGGUGACCCUCACAGACGACCGCCUGGGGGGAACGAAUCAGCCCCCAAUAACUAACAGAGACAUCCACUGCUGGAAGGAACCUCUAGAAAGAACCCUUGCUUUAUAGGCACAAAACAGCUGGCUCACUGCCUUCUGUCUGUUGGAAAACGGCUGCAGACCGUUUUGUAAAAAACUGUAAAGGAUUAGUCUAUCUGCAGUAGCUCAGUGAGGCGUUUCCACAGGAAAUAGACACCACGAUUAAUCCGCUUAUUCUUCCCAUACGAUUACCUUCCUAAUUCUGCCCUCAAAUUAAUGAACACUCCUGGGUACAUGGCCUUACGCUCCUCAAUCUCAAAUUUUGAAGAACUGGUAUGGUUUGCAGAUGUCCAGAUACGAUGUGGUUACCAAAAAGCAGACAAUUUUGCUCCCCCACGUGAACCUUUUAAAAAUGUCUCAUGACAUUUUUGAGUGUCACGACUUGGGGGUGCCACUAGGAGGUAGAUGUCACAGAUGCUCUUAACAUCCUGCAAGGCACAAGAGAGCCCACCGCAACCAACAGUCACCUGGCCCAAAAUGUUGGGAGUGCUGAAUUCGAGAAACCCUGGUUUACUGAAAUGCCCAUGGUGGACAAAACAAGACACUCCCAGAUUAGUAACAUUUUUUACUUUUAACUAAAUGAAAUGAUUUGUUAAAUUGUUCCCUAAAAAGUAUUCAGUUUGUGGGCGGAUGGAUUGUUUUGGCAUGUGUGGUUGCCUUUUUAUUUCUGUGUGUUCUCUAGAUAGCUUUAUUUCAUGGUGAGGACUCUGUCCUCCUGAAGCACCUGAUGUUAGUGACCGGCUAUCUGGUGUCCUGAUUGCAGGAGGAAACUUCAUGGAUUAGGUCCUGAUUCAGAAUGCGUCCUAUUGUCCUACAGUGUCCUAGUGCCAUAAAGAACUUGAAACUGAUCAAUUUUUAUUUCUAAACUUGAACCUGCUGCCUUGCUGUUUCCAGAAAUUUGACCCUCAGCCCAACCUGUCACUUACUGUGGUCCAGCAAAGUGCCAACAGGAAAAUCGCUGUGGCCACACUAUUCCGAGAUGCUCGGAGCUGUGCCACUCUCCACAGCCUGCCUUCCCACACUCAGAAUUUAUCCCUAAAUUCCUUACAUAUCAGUGGAGAAUGAGCAAGCCCCAGAGGUAUUUUACAAUAGGACUACAUAAUAAGAAGCAGGCCGCCAGGAAUUCUGAUAGCUCUGAUUAU